GCUGCCCCAGGGCACGCCGGUCACGUACCGAACCCUGCGGGUCGGCGGCGCGGUUGCCAUGGCAGCGGGGUCGCGGGCUGGCGCGUGGGAAGGCCCCGAGGCUGCUGGCAGCCAGGGAUGCCCGUGGAGCCCCAGACCCGGACGCUCGAGCCCGCAGCGCUGAGGGAAGACUGGGCGGCGCCGCCACCAUGUUCCUGGGCACCGGGGAGCCAGCCUCGGAGACGGGAGAUGACAGUCUGUCUGCAGUCACCUUUGACUCUGACUUGGAGACGAGAGCAAAAAGGAAAGCAUUCCACAAACCUCCACCCACAUCGCCAAAGUCGCCUUACCUCUCUAAGCCGAGAAAAGUGGCCUCCUGGAGGUCCCUGAGGACGACAGGGAGCAUGCCUCUGAGCGGUCGAGCGUCCCUGACCCCGCAGAAGCUGUGGCCAGGAACUGCAAAACCAGGAAGUCUGACACCAGCCCUGAACUCACAGCUCACCUGGGAGCAUGCGUGGACCAGCGCCCCCAGCGGCACUUCUGACUAUCUGACAGACGCCUUAAGAGUGAAGAGGCCACAUCUCAGGCGCUCUGCCAGCCACGGUCAUGUCCCUGGGACUCCUGUCUACAGAGAGAAAGAAGAUAUGUAUGAUGAGAUUAUCGAGUUAAAGAAGACAUUGCACGUGCAGAAAAGUGACGUGGACCUGAUGAGAACAAAGCUCCGGCGCCUGGAAGAGGAAAACUGCAGGAAGGACCGGCAGAUAGAGCAGCUCCUGGAUCCCAGCCGAGGCACAGAUUUUGUUCGGACUCUGGCAGAGAAAAGGCCCGAUGCCAGUUGGGUCAUUAACGGGCUGAAGCAGAGGAUCCUGAAGCUGGAGCAGCAGUGCAAGGAGAAGGACGGCACCAUCAGCAAACUCCAGACCGAUAUGAAGACAACCAACUUGGAAGAGAUGCGAAUCGCCAUGGAGACGUACUAUGAGGAGAUACAUCGUCUCCAGGCUCUCUUGGCAAGUUCUGAAACCACUGGAAAGAAGCCCCUGGGGGAGAAGAAGACGGGCGCCAAAAGGCAAAAAAAGGUGGGCAAUGCCCUCCUGAGCUUGUCCCGGAGCGUCCAGGAGCUCACGGAGGAGAACCAGAGCCUGAAGGAGGACCUGGACCGAGUGCUGAGCACCUCCCCCACCAUCUCCAGGACACAGGGUUACGUGGAGUGGAGCAAGCCCCGGCUGCUGAGGCGCAUUGUGGAGCUGGAGAAGAAACUAAGUGUGAUGGAGAGCUCAGAAUCACACGCCGCAGAGCCAGUCAGAUCACACCUGCCAGCCCGCCCCGCAUCCAGCUCUGCACUGCACAGACAACCACGAGAGGACUGCCACGAGGACCACGAGUGUCUCCAAGGGGCUGUGAGAGACCUGAAGGAAGAGCGGACCGCCCUGCAGGAACAGCUGUUGCAGAGAGAUUUGGAAGUGAAACAGCUCCUGCAGACAAAGGCCGACCUGGAGAAGGAGCUGGAGUGUGCCAGGGAGGGCGAGGAGGAGAGGAGAGAGCGAGAGGAGGCUUUGAGGGAGGAGAUUCAGACACUUACCAGCAAGCUCCAAGAACUGCAAAAAAAGAAGAAAAAAGAGCAGGAGGAUUGCCAGGAAUUUCCUCGUAAGGCUCGAGAGCUCCCAGCUCCCACUCCCAGCCCGGGGCGCUUGGAGCAAGACUGGCCGCUGGAUUCCAGUAAGGAGGGGCUCCUACCGCCCCGCUCCCCGUGCUCUGAUGGGAGAAGAGAUGCUGCCGCCAGGGUCCUGCAGGCCCAGUGGAAGAUGUACAAGCACAAGAAAAAAAAGGCUGUUCUGGAUGAGGUAGCUGUGGUGCUUCAGGCAGCUUUCAGGGGACAUCUGGUGCGGACAAAGCUCUUAGCAAGCAAAGCACAUGGCUCAGAGGCGCCCAGUGUGCCAGGCCUCCCAGACCAGAGCUCUCCCGUGCCCCAUGUUGCAAGCCCCAUUGCCCCGGCCGAUGGCAGCUCUGCACAGGAGGAAGCCAUUGUCAUCAUCCAGUCUGCUCUUCGGGCACACCUGGCCCGGGCCAGCCACAGUGCUACCAGUAAAAGAACCACCACAACAGCUUCUGCUAAGAGGAGAUCGGCUUCAGCCACACACAGGGACACCUCCUUGCCACCCUUCCUCGAAGCUCCUGUUUCAUCAGAGCUAGAAAACUUUGAACUUUGAUAUUCUCUCCAAAACCUCCAUUUGUGAAGCUCAACAAAAAGAUGAGCAGCCCUGGGGUUUCAGGGAAAAUGUACAGACACCCAAAGCCUGAAAAGCCGCCGAGCCUGCCUGUGACUCUCGGGCUCUGCAAAAUGCUGUGAAUUGUCCUCCAGGAGCUGAUUCUGCCGGCCUCACCAGACUCUGCGCGGGUGACCUUUAGCAGCUUUGAUCAGGGCUAAAGCCUGCGUUGAUGCUGCCCUUUUCUCUUGCUAAACGCAAGUGAUUUUAAAGGGGCAGGUUCAUCGUCCUGCCUGAAAGCACCAUUAUGGUGCCCCAAGGAUUCAGCUUUACCGACCUAAGGAAAUGUCUCUGUGAAAAGUAUAAAUCAAGCUUUUGUUUGAGCUGUUUUGUUUUGUUUUUUUUUGUUUUUUUAGGAGAAAAAGGAGAUAGACUUGAAAACUGUUUUUAAUUUCAUAAGGUUCCCUUUACAAUUCAAGAGAACAAUGACCAAAACCUGACUCAACCA